GGGCCGGGGCUGGGACCAAGCGCGCGCCCGGAGCUCCGCGCUCCCGACUGCAGCCGAGACCGCUGCGUCCCCGACCCCAUUUAAAAAACUUAGGUCCGGGCGCCACGUGCUCACUUCCCCACCGCGCCUUAGUUGAUUAGGGCUUUCUGACUUUUCCACUCGAUUGCAGCCAAGCGGGCUAUUACGCCGCUUCGGACCCCACCGUGGAGACGCUGGAGAAGAGUGACCACGCAUUCUUCGGAGCGAGCUGUCUCCAUCACUCGCUAGCCCGCCACCUUUAAAACUAAGAAACAGGCACAACGCGCAAGUGAGAAAGUCCGAGGCUGAGAACGGCCGAGCACAGGAUAGAAAAGUGGAGCCGGCACAGGAGCACAUUCAGCGCCAGGUGUGAGCAGAGGGCGGGUGCAGGCGGAAUGGCCCUGGUGCCCUAUGAGGAGACCACGGAAUUGGGGUUGCAGAAAUUCCACAAGCCUUUUGCAACCUUUUCCUUUGCAAACCACACGAUCCAGAUCCGGCAGGACUGGAGACACCUGGGAGUCGCAGCGGUGGUUUGGGAUGCGGCCAUCGUUCUUUCCACAUAUCUGGAGAUGGGAGCUGUGGAGCUCAGGGGCCGCUCUGCCGUGGAGCUGGGUGCUGGCACGGGGCUGGUGGGCAUAGUGGCUGCCCUGCUGGGUGCUCAUGUGACUAUCACAGAUCGAAAAGUAGCAUUAGAAUUUCUUAAAUCAAACGUUCAAGCCAACUUACCUCCUCAUAUCCAAUCCAAAGCUGUUGUUAAGGAGCUGACUUGGGGACAGAAUCUGGGGAGUUUUUCUCCUGGAGAAUUUGACUUGAUACUUGGAGCUGAUAUCAUAUAUUUAGAAGAAACAUUCACAGAUCUUCUUCAAACACUGGAACAUCUCUGUAGCAAUCACUCCGUGAUUCUUUUAGCAUGCCGAAUUCGUUAUGAACGGGAUAACAACUUCUUAGCAAUGCUGGAGAGGCAAUUUACUGUGAGAAAGGUUCAUUACGAUCCUGAAAAAGAUGUACAUAUUUACGAAGCACAGAAGAGAAACCAGAAGGAGGACUUAUAAUUGGCUAUAAUUUAUAAGAAUAUUGUUAUUGAGUGGGUCACUUGAGGUCUUAGACUGCAAAUCUAACCAUAUUUAAUGAAAUGGCUUACUGUACAAAAAGUCUGACCCCAAGGUUCUCAGGCAACAAAGCACAUGUGUGGUUUUAAAACAAAGCAGUGCCUCCUCCCACUGCAGUGAUUUUUAGUCAUACUACUCACUCUGAAAUCCAAUUAACGUUAAAGGAUUAAGAGUGAGAUUUUGGUUUAUGCUGUUUCUGUAUUCCAUACUACUCUUAAUAAACAGUUUCCACUGAUGAUAUGAAAGGCUAGUAUAAAGAUGUCUUUAAAUGAGGAAGUUUUCUUUAGUAAGAUUAAAUCAUACAAAUUAUUUUUAAAACCUUCUGAUAUAUACAAUGUUUAUCCGCGUUUUCUAAUUUUCAGGAUGUAAAAUAAAAGGUUUAACAUACAUUCCUUGAGCUGUUAGUGCUGUUGAAAUGUUUUGCCCCGUUUAGGUCCUAAAAACUUUUAGUUGGUUGAGUAGGAUAUGAGUUUUUGGGGUCUCAUUUCAUGCAUUUUGCCUUAAUUUCAGGUUUUUAUAUAUAAAGGAAUUAAGUACAAAUAAAAUUUCAAUUACUUUUUGAAAGCACGUGAAAUCUUGGACUUGAAGAGGUUGUCUAUUUCAAGUCAACAGCUAUAGUUUUCCUUUUCUGCUUUUCCUUGCUCAAAUGUUGUUUCAAUGUAAUUCUUUCCUGAGCUUUCCAUGUUCCUUAAUAAUGCAUAGGAUGUCAUUAAAAGUACUUUAAAAUUUCAUCCCUCCAUGAGAGGUAAGCUCCUUUUGUAUUGUACUUGUAGCUGCUCAUUCAAUGUUGGUAUUACCCCACAGACUGUAAGCUUCUUGAGGGCCAAGAAUGCUUCUGCCUCUUCCAUUGUUGCUUCCGCCAUACCUUCUGUAUAUUUCAUAACCAAAUAAUGAAAAAGAUGUAUUCCAUUUAAAAGGCAUUGACUUUGGGUUAAAUGAUACAUUGUUUUAGGAUUAUCUUUGAUACACUUUGACAUCUCACGUACACAUGGAAUUUUCUUUUUACAAUGCAAAAAUUUAAACAAUAGCUUAAAAAAAAUUUAGACUGCAAGAAUAUUACAAUCUCAAUACAGUAUUUGGUAACUAGUAGAUUUCUUUUAUAAAAUCUUAAAAACAGGACCUUUUCUUCCUUUUGAACCUUUAUCUCAGAGGUGAAAACACCCAGUAUGUUGUUUUCUACAUAUAUUGAAAUAGCAAUUUUACUUUAAUAAAGAUGGAUUAAAUGUUG